AGUCAAGAGCAAGAUAGGAAUGCUGAUUAUUCACCACCGGCAUUGACUUUUCUGCACUUACUAUAAGCUUUUCACUAGUGAAUGUCUGAAACCUGCACAAGUGUGCACUGUUAGUUUUAUCUGUAGCAUCAUACAGAAAGCAUCAUGUUUGAUACAGGAAGUGUUAUAAGUGAAUUUUUAAUGCUUAUAGGUGUAUAUGCUUCUCUGCAGUAUAUAUUUGAUAACUUUUAUUCUCCGUUGGAAAUAAUUCGGAAUGUAUUAUUCGGAAAAAGAGAACCUUUUUGUGAACGAUAUGGAAAGUGGGCUGUUAUUACAGGAUCAUCAGAUGGCAUUGGUAAAGAAUAUGCAAUGAACCUUGCUAGGAAAGGAAUGAAUAUAAUGCUUAUUUCGAGAACUGAAGCCAAACUAAUUCAGGUUUCAAAGGAAAUCAAGUCCAAGUAUAGCGUCCAGGUAAAAUGGAUCGCUAUUGAUUUUUCUUCCAGUUCUCAAAUUUACGAAAAAAUCGAACAAAACCUCACAGGAAUUGAGAUUGGUAUGCUAGUGAAUAACGUUGGAAUGGUACAUGAUCAUCCGCUUCCAUUGGAAAAACUAUCGAAGCAAGAUAUUGAGCAAUCUAUCACAGUCAAUAUAUUUCCUUUGGUCAUGUUAACUUACAUGCUUGUACCCCAAAUGAAAGAACGUUGCCGAGGAAUAGUGGUGAACAUUAGCUCUUCUUCUGGGCACCUCCCAUUACCUUACCUGCAAAUGUACUCCGCAUCGAAGUCAUUCGUAAACAGUUUUACGUUGAGCUUACAGCAGGAAUUACGAGGAACUGGGGUGGAGUGUCAGUUGGUGACACCGAUGUUCGUUAAUACAAGCAUGACUGAAAAAUGGCAGUCAAUGGGAUUUUGGAAGUUACUAGCUUCCAAUGUUAAACGCUACACACGAAUGGCAGUUUGGACGAUUGGGAAAACCGACAACACAACCGGCUAUUGGUAUCAAGCAUUGCAGAUUACUCUCCUGAGGAUUCCGCCGCGAUGGAUGUUGACAACUUUGGAUGGAUUUUUGUUCCGAUAUUUAAUUAAUCGUAACAAAAAACAAAGCUGAUGCGUUACGUGUAGACAAGAAAAAAAAUCAGAAAUUGGUUAUGUAAAGAUAAUUUUAAAACACAUAUGGCUUAAUAGUUAUAAUAA